AUGGCACCCAUCGGAGCAGCUGUCUUCGCGACGAAUUUCCAUGGUCAACUGACUGUGUGGCAGCUGCUCAUGAACGAUGCCUACCUCCCAGGUGCCAUGGUACUCGGCCACUCCCUCAAAGACCGAGGUGCCAAAGCUCCCCUGGUCGCCUUUAUUGUCGUCGACAAAUUGUCCACCAACACAAUAACAGAGUUAAGAACCGUCUAUGACGAUGUGAUCCCUGUCCAGCAGAUCACCAAUUCUCAGCCUGCAAAUCUCUAUCUCAUGGGUCGGCCAGAACUCAUCUCCACGUUCACAAAGAUCCAGCUAUGGAGGCAGACACAGUUCAAGAGAAUAGUAUACUUGGAUGCAGACAUGGUCGCUCUAAGAGCUCCCAACGAACUCCUCACUCUCGAUACAGAUUUCGCCGCUGUGCCUGACAUUGGCUGGCCCGAUUGUUUCAACAGUGGUUUGCUGGUUCUCAACCCCAACAUGGGAGACUAUUAUUCCCUUUAUGCCCUAGCACAGAGGGGGAUCAGCUUCGAUGGAGCUGACCAAGGUCUAUUGAAUAUGCACUUUCGAGAAUGGGAAAGGCUGAGCUUCGUCUACAACUGUACCCCGAGCGGAAACUAUCAAUAUGUCCCUGCCUACCGACAUUUCCAAAGCAGUAUCUCAGUCGUCCAUUUCAUUGGGAAGGACAAGCCCUGGACCCUCGGUCGUGAGAACAAGUACAACUCAGGUGUUUAUGGUGAGCUGCUGGGCAGGUGGUGGUCCGUAUAUGACAAGCAUUAUCGGCCAAAGGUACAACCCACCGUCUCCCAGCAUGCUGAUGCUCCUAACAUUAAACAGGAGGUGGCCCACUAUAGUCCUGAGUCACAUCAGUCUCACACAAAAGUUCAGGAUUAUGUAAGAGGCGAAGAGCCCUUGUAUAUUGCUAGUCAUCCAUCCCAACCCGCUCCAUCCUCUCAACCGCUUCCCUCUCCGCCCCAACAAGGACAAAUUCCCCUACCACCUCAGAUUACAGUCACAGAUCCUACUCAGGGUCAUCUCCAAGCAGCUCAAACAGUAGAGUUGCCCCUAGGGGAUGCUCCUACUCCUGUGGCUCCACAAGACUUCACGCCACUUCCAACAGUUGAACAGAGGCGGUUUAGUGCGCCGCAUGUCGACUGGGAACCAGCGAGAGCCCCUCCACCGACUGAUUCCAAACCGGAAGCUGCGAACUUCCCUACGACCAUCUACGAUUUCAAUCAAGAUACUACUCUCUUCCAACCUCCCUCGAGCUAUCCAGAAGCUCCCAAAGAUAUGUGGUAUCAAGUACCGCAAAAACAGCCAGAGCCACAAAAGUUGAAACAAAUCUUCCCAUGGGAGUCAAGAGCCCCCAAACCGACCCGCGUUUUCCUCGAACCGAAAGCCCCGAGUCCUCCUCCCCCUCCCGCCGAACCCGAACCUCAAGCCACGACACUUGCUCAACAAGAAGAAGUGACUACACCAUCGACGACGACCGAUAGCACUGAAGAUAGCACCCCAACCCCCAGCGCACCACCAGUUGAUCCUUGGGCAGCCUUUGAGUCAAGGACCAAUGCAUGGGAUGAUAUGCCAGAAAUUGAAAGAUACGUGCAAGCAUUUAGUCAAGCUCGUAAAGGGAAGUUACAAGUACUGCACCACACCCCUAAUCAGCGUUCUCCUCGCGAUUCAAAUGUUACCUCACCCCCAACAGAAACCGACCAACGACGACCGAGCAUGAAGUUGACCGAUUUCCCGACCGAGAUCGAACGACCGAGUUUACCCGUAACCCCGGCUCCAAUCCGACGACCAAGCUUUUGGGGAGAAGAGAGAGAUCAGGCAGGAAACUUACCAGCAGCUAAGGGUGUACCAACACAAGAAGACUGGGUGCGUCGCUUCUCCUCCUAUCCCAAACCUGCGUUUCCUGAUUUACCACCCCCGUUGCAUAAUCUUUUGCAUGGUGUUUUCUAUUGGAGAUGCCAAUAUUGUGGUAAACAGAACCCGGUUUCCAAACUUGAAGAAUUACAAAGACGCCAGAGCGAGGUGUUGGUGUCACCCACAGAAGCGCGAAAAUUGGAUCAAGACCUUCAAGAAUUACCCAGAAGAAAAAUGCCUGAGAGUAAGAGUAAAGAGGCGGUUGUUGAAGCAGCGAUUCAAGCAAUUUCGCCGGCAAAAGCUGCAAAGGCACCCAAACCCAUAUUGAAAGAACCUAAAUUCGAGCUGGGGCAAGAGGAGGGAGAGCCAGACUGGCCAGUGGUGUCAAAAGACGAUGAAGGAGACCAGGAAGCGGACCCCCUCUCCAAAAAAGUACCAAUGUUUAAUCCUCUUACCGUUGAAGGGGAGGCAGCCUCUGAGAGCAAGCAAAGUGCACAAACCCCGCCUGAGGCAGUGACUGUUAGCUCAUAA